UCUGAGGAGGUCUGAGGGGUUCAAAGAGUCUGAAAGACCCUGCAGGUUUUCAGGAGGUUCAGACAGUCUGAGGUGGUUUCUGCCGGUCUGUGGGGAUCUGAGCAGGUCUAAGUCUGAGGGGUCCGUGGGGGUUUUCACAGUUCACAGGAUUCAGUCUCUCUCAGUCUGAGAGUUUGAUUUUCAGGUAGUUUUGUUAAGGAGGUCUGAUCUGGAUCAUGUUGGAGCUCCAGGUCUUGGUCUUGCUCGCCCUGCAGGUAUUUACCUGUGCUCAGGAGGAUGGGGCCUUUGUGGAUGAUCUCAGCCUCCCGGAGCUCAGUGACGUCUGUACAGAAGGCAGCUGUUACCCAGCAACAGGGGACCUUCUGAUCGGGCGAGCCCAUCAACUGUCAUCCACCUCUACCUGUGGCCGGCCCCGUCCUGAACCAUUCUGCAUCGUCAGUCACCUGCAGGAGGAGAAGAAGUGCUUCAUGUGUGACUCUUCGGAUUCGUACGAUGAGCUGAGCUAUCAGACCAACAAUCAUCGCGUCGAGAACGUCGUCACCACGUUCGCUCCCAACAGACUGAAGACCUGGUGGCAGUCUGAGAAUGGUCUAGAGAACGUCACCAUCCAGCUGAACCUGGAGGCGGAGUUUCACUUCACUCACCUGAUCAUGACCUUCAAGACGUUCCGACCUGCUGCCAUGGUGAUCGAGAGGUCAGCUGACUUUGGAAAAACAUGGCAGGUUUAUCGAUACUUCGCCUACGACUGCGAGUCUUCCUUCCCCGCCAUUUCCCCGGGUCCAAUGCAGAAGGUCGAUGAUGUCAUCUGUGACUCCCGUUACUCAGACAUCGAGCCGUCCACUGAAGGAGAGGUGAUCUUUAGAGUCCUGGACCCGGCUUUCAAAAUCGAUGAUCCCUACAGCCCCAGAAUCCAGAACAUGCUGAAGAUCACCACGCUCCGGGUGAAGUUCGUGAGGCUGCACACGCUCGGGGACAACCUGCUGGACUCUCGGAUGGAGAUCAAGGAGAAGUACUACUACGCGGUCUACGACAUGGUGGUCCGAGGAAACUGCUUCUGUUACGGACACGCCUCAGAGUGCGCCCCGGUCCUGGGGACGGGGCAGGCCAGAGAGGGCAUGGUCCACGGUCACUGUAUGUGUAACCACAACACCAAAGGUCUGAACUGUGAGCAGUGCCAGGACUUCCACCACGACCUUCCCUGGAGACCGGCUGAGGGACGAAACACCAACACCUGCAAGAAGUGUAGCUGUAACCAGCACUCGGACUCGUGUCACUUCGACAUGGCCGUGUUUGUGGCCUCAGGAAACGUCAGCGGUGGCGUUUGUGACGAGUGUCAGCACAACACGGCGGGACACCGCUGUGAUCAGUGUAAACCCUUCUACUACCAGCACCCCGAGAGGUCCCUCAGAGACCCCAACAUCUGCCAGCCCUGUGACUGUGACCCUGUCGGCUCUCUGAACGGAGGAAUGUGUGACGGGAUGACCGACAUCCGCGCCGGACUGAUCGCCGGGCAGUGUCGCUGCAAAGUCAACGUGGAGGGAGAGCGCUGCGAGCGCUGCAGGGACGCUCAUCACGGCCUGAGUGACUCACCUGAAGGCUGCAAGGCGUGUUCCUGCAGCCCGGUGGGAACCGUUCCUGGAGGAAAUCCCUGCGACAGUGAAACUGGAAGCUGCUUCUGCAAACGUCUGGUGACGGGACGAGACUGUGACCAGUGUGUGUCGGAACAUUGGGGGCUCAGUAAUGACAUGGACGGCUGCAGACCAUGUGACUGUGACCUGGGAGGAGCCAUCAACAACCAGUGUGACCAGGGGAGCGGUCAGUGCGCGUGCAGAGAUCACAUGUUUGGACGUCGCUGUGAUCAGGUGGAGUCUGGAUUCUACUUCAUCUCUCUGGACCAUUACACCUACGAGGCAGAGGACGCUAAGUUUGGACCUGGAGUGACGGUUGUGCCGAGGCCCCACCCCCUGGACCGCAGCCCUACCUGGACAGGUACAGGCCUGGUUAAUGUCCCAGAAGGGGCCUACCUUGAGUUCACUGUGGACAACAUCCCCCACUCCAUGGAGUAUGACAUCAUCAUCCGCUACGAACCACAGCUGCCCGACCAAUGGGAGGAGGUCCUGAUGACGGUGAUGAGACCUGGACCAAUGAGAGCGGACAGUCGCUGCGUCAACACGGUCCCUGACGACGAUAACCAGAUGAUCUCCCUUCACCCGGGCUCACGGUAUGUGGUUCUGCCAAGACCAGUCUGCUUUGAAUCUGGUUUGAACUACACAGUCCGCCUCAACCUGCCUCUGUACUCAGCUCUGAGCGACGUCCAGUCUCCGUACACGCUCAUCGACUCGAUCGUCCUGAUGCCUCACUGUAAGAACCUUGAGAUCUUCUCGGCCUCAGAGGGGGGGGACUCCAACAGCUGGGACACCUUUCAGCGGUACCGAUGUCUGGAGAACAGCCAGGGGGUCAUCAAGUCUCAGACCACCGACAUCUGCAGGAACUUCAUCUUCAGCAUCUCUGCCAUGCUGCACCAGGGAGCUAAAGAAUGCCAGUGUGACCCUCAGGGCUCCCUCAGCACCGUGUGUGACCCGAGCGGGGGUCAGUGUCGGUGUCGCCCCAAUGUGGUUGGCAGGAACUGCGACAUGUGUGCUCCAGCUACGUUCCAGUUCGGACCUAAUGGAUGCAGAGAGUGUGCGUGCGACCCUCAGGGCUCACACAGUUCGUUCUGCGAUCAGCUGACCGGUCAGUGUGUGUGUGUUUCUGGAGCGUACGGCCGUCAGUGUGACCGCUGUCUGCCCGGUCACUGGGGCUUCCCCACCUGUCGACCCUGCACCUGCAACGGACACGCCGAGGACUGCGACCCCGACACCGGGCGCUGCAUCAACUGCAGGGACCACAGCACCGGGCACACCUGUGACAGGUGCCUGGAUGGUUACUAUGGAGACCCAGUGUUGGGGUCAGGUGACCACUGUCGUCCGUGCAGGUGUCCCGAUGGUCCUGACAGCCUGCGGCAGUUUGCAGACACUUGUUACCGUGGCGACUACUCUCAGCAGGUCACCUGUUUGUGCAACACCGGAUACAAAGGUGCUCGCUGUGAUGAGUGCUCAACUGGUUACUAUGGAAACCCAGAGGAGGUGGGGGGGCAGUGCCAGCCAUGUGAGUGUAACGGGAACAUCGACAUGUCGGACCCGGAGUCGUGCGACGCUCAGAGCGGCGUUUGUCAGCGCUGCCUGUUCCACAGCGACGGCCCCGCCUGUCAGACCUGCAAGCCGGGUUACUACGGCAACGCGCUGCAGCAAGACUGCAGGAAGUGCAUCUGUGACCAGCUGGGAAGUGACCCCGCCCACUGUCCGUUGCCUGGCGACUGUCACUGUGAGCAGAGCGGUCAGUGUCACUGCCUCGCCAACGUCGUGGGACGACACUGCGACCGCUGUGCGCCCGACACCUGGAACAUGGCCAGCGGCUCGGGCUGUCAGAGCUGCAACUGUGACCCCAAACACUCACACGGGACGUCCUGCAACGAGAUCAGCGGUCAGUGCUCCUGUCAGCCCGGCUUCGGAGGAAGAACAUGCAGCGAGUGUCGAGAGCUGUUCUGGGGAGAACCGGAGGUCCAGUGCCAUGCGUGUGACUGUGAUCCUAGGGGCGUGUCUCAGCCUCAGUGUCAUAAGGGGAGUGGUCACUGCGUCUGCGUGGACGGGGUCUCGGGUCCUCGCUGUGACGUCUGUGCUCGUGGAUUCUCUGGAUCCUUCCCGGACUGUCAGCGCUGCCAUCAGUGCUUCUCUGAGUGGGACCAUGUGAUCGGUCAGCUGACCAAUCAGACCCAUCGGCUCGUCAACAAGGUCAACACCAUCAAGGCAAGCGGUGUCAGCGGGCCGUACAGGAAGUCCAUCGACAGCAUGGAGAGCAGCAUCAAUGACAUCCGGACCCUUCUGAGCCAGAACCCAGCCUCCCAACCGCUGACCGAGAUCCAGGACCUGCUGCAGCAGACCAGCGACCUUAUGGGGGCCCUGAGCCAGAUGUUGAACCACACUGAACAGACUCUGGUCAAGGUGGAGGACUCGGACUCGGCUGCAGAGACUAAGCUGGACUCAGUGGUGGCAGACGCUCAGAAACUUGAGCGGAUGGUCCGGGAGCUGCUGGAUCAGGUGGAGUUCAUAAAGAACUCUGACAUCAGAGGGGCGACGGACAGCGUAACCAAGUACUUCCUGCAGUCUCAGACCGCUGAGGCUCGCGCUAACGCCUCUGCCAUCGACCCUGGCAGCCCCGUCGACGCCUCCGUAACUCUACGGCAACUCACAGAGGACAAACUGAACCAAACCAGGGAGGAGUUUCUGAGAAGACAGACUGAGCACGCUCAGAGACUGGACGACCUGGCAGGACAGCUGCAGACUCUUGACCUAUCAGAGAUCAGCCACAAGACCUGCGGUAGUCCAUCAUCCGGUCAGGAAUCGUGUGGGUCCUCUCCCUGUGGAGGUCUUGGCUGUGUGGACUCAGAGGGUCAGACAAGGUGUGGAGGUGAGGAGUGUGACGGUGUGGUGACAGCUGCCGGUAGAGCCUGGAUGAAGGCCAGAGACUCUGAACAGAAAAUCCUGGGAGCCAUGGAGGAAGUGGAGAAACUCUCUAAGAUGGUGUCGGAGACCAAACUGAAAGCAGACGAGGCGAAGCUCAGUGCUCAGGAUGUCCUGCUGAAGACCAACAGAACCAAAGUGAAGCUGGACCGGAGCAACGAAGAGCUCCGAGAACUCAUCAAGCAGAUCCGAGACUUCCUCACACAGGACGCUGCAGACCUGGAGAGCGUUGAGCUGGUUGCUAACGAGGUCCUGGCCAUGCAGAUGCCGACCACGCCGGCUCAGAUGCAGAACCUGACCAAUGAGAUCAGACAGAAGGUGGGAGAACUGGGACACGUGGAAACCAUCCUGCAGCAGAGCGCCAACGACAUCCAGAGAGCCGAGAACCUGCUGGAACAGGCCCGCCGAGCCAGUGAGGAGGCGACCGACGUGAAGGACUCAGCAGAGACCGUCAAACGAGCUCUGGAAGAAGCAGAGAGAGCUCAGACCGCAGCCAGCAACGCCAUCCAGCAGGCGGCCGCCGACAUCCACAACACCAACAAACUGCUGUCCUCUGUGGAGUCGGAGACGGCAGAUGCAGAGCUGAAGCUGAGUAAUGCCACCCACAGGCUACAGAUGCUGGAGCAGGACGUGACGCUGCUGAGAGACAAAGCUCUGAAUGUCACUCAGAGCACUGAACGGACCAAUCAGGACGCUGAGAGCAUUGAGAAGAUGGCAGAGGAAGUGAAAAAGGACCUGGAUGCUGACCUGAAGCAAAAGUACGCCACAGUUGAGGACCUGAUUGGACAGAAAGCAGGGGGCGUGGCUGAGGCGAAGAAGAGGGCGGAGUCACUGCAGCAGGAAGCCAAAGCGCUGCUCCUCAAAGCCAGUGACAAACUGCAGCUGCUCAAAGAUCUGGAGAAGUCAUACGAGGAGAACCAGCGUUCUCUGGAGGUGAAGGCGGAGCAGCUGGUGGAGCUGGAGGCUGCUGUGAAGACGCUGCUGCAGGUGAUCAGCCACAAGACCACCGUGUACAGCACCUGUCUGUUCUAGGGUCAAAGGUCACAGCACCUGUCUGUUCUAGGGUCAAAGGUCACAGCACCUGUCUGUUCUAGGGUCAAAGGUCACAGCACAUUUCUGUUCUGGGGUCAAAGGUCACAGCACAUUUCUGUUCUGGGGUCAAAGGUCACAGCACAUUUCUGUUCUGGGGUCAAAGGUCACAGCACCUGUCUGUUCUAGGGUCAAAGGUCACAGCACCUGUCUGUUCUAGGGUCAAAGGUCACAGCACCUGUCUGUUCUAGGGUCAAAGGUCACAGCACCUGUCUGUUCUAGGGUCAAAGGUCACAGCACAUUUCUGUUCUGGGGUCAAAGGUCACAGUACAUUUCUGUUCUGGGGUCAAAGGUCACAGUACAUUUCUGUUCUGGGGUCAAAGGUCACAGAACAUUUCUGUUCUGGGGUCAAAGGUCACAGUACAUUUCUGUUCUGGGGUCAAAGGUCACAGAACAUUUCUGUUCUGGGGUCAAAGGUCACAGUACAUUUCUGUUCUGGGGUCAAAGGUCAGAUCACUCAUGAAAACACAAGACUAGAUGUUGUUUAAAUACUCUGAAUGUUUUAUUGGAUCUUUUGAAUGAGGAACGUCUGAGUGUCCCUGAACGCAUCAUUUUAAAUGUGAGCUGCUCAGUGCCUCGGACAGAAAAUAUCUUCACCUGUGAACGUUAGAUUUUUUUAAAUCAACACUUUGAGAUCUUAAAGUCCUAAAACGCCGUAGAGCUCAUUAAAGUUUGAGGAUCAUUCUGAAACUGAUCAAACUUCUUUAUUUGAUAAACAAGCGACCUGAUGACCCGUCAGCAGCAGAACCACGAAUGGACCGAUAUUAAACCGAACACAUUUCAGAGAGCUCAGAGGUUUGAAGGGUUUAAAGAGAUGUGACAGUUAAUGUGCUUUUUUACUUCCUACUUCAGUUUCUACUUUUUCUACGUGACCAAAGCCCGAACUGAUUUUAAUAAACGUUUCUAGUUUAAAGUCAAA